AUGAGCCAUUUUCUGACUGCAUCUUAUGCUCAUUACCUCUUAGAUUUCCAUUCCCCCAGUAUUGCGACCCCUUUACCCCGCGUCUUGCCCACGACACGUCCUCGAGAACAGAAUGAAAAUGAUUUUGAUGGUCUGAUCGCCAACCUCACCCAAACCCUCACUACAACCCUCUCUCCCACUCCAACACUACCUGUGCUGCACCAACUGAUGAAAUCUUACACUUCCAAUCCUGCCCACUGGUCGAAAUUCGCACACAUCGACCCCUCGAAACAAUACACCCGCAACCUAGUUCACUCCGUGCCCGGCGUCUUCAACCUCCUCCUCCUAGUCUGGAACCCGGGAAAAGAAAGCCCAGCGCAUGAUCAUGCAAAUGCGCACUGUCUGAUGAAGAUCCUGAAAGGCAACCUAAUAGAAUCACGCUUCGCUAUCCCCUCUCGACCAGGUGAACAGGGACCGCUGGUGCAGACAGCGAGGAAGGAGUUUGGCUUGGAUCAGGUUACGUAUAUGGCUGAUGUUCUUGGGCUUCAUGCCAUUUCGAACCCGCAUCCCACUGAGCACGCCAUGUCUCUGCAUUUGUACACGCCGCCUAAUGCUGCUCUGAGAGGGUGUCAUGUAUAUGAUAUGCAUAAUGGGGAAGUGAGACACGUGAGGCAGGAUACGUAUGAUUCUGUUGGAGGAAGAGUCGGGAAAUGA